AUGCCCGCAACCAAUUCCGGAGAUGAGAUGCGCGCUCUUUUAGCAGGAUACAUCGGUUGCUUCAACUAUCUUGAGUCCGGCUACGUCCACUUGAAGGACUUGUAUCGGGACCAGCCCGAGUUCGCUGUCGAGGUUCUGAGCACAGUCAAUGCUUAG